AUGGCUUCCUCCGUCACAUUUCUCGCACGCCAUGUGCCAAAGCGGCUCUGUCUGAGUCCCUCGUCUCGGUCGAUUUCCGCCAAAACAUCCAGGACGACUACCUUCUCGCGAUCGAUAUCUGCCUCUGCGCCUUGCCGCUAUGCUGAGGCAUACCAGGCUACCAGGUUGAUUCCCACAGACCCAGCAUUCAAGCCGGAUACUUCCAAGACUGAUGCAACUCCAUCUGGGCUCGAGUCCGAGACCACCUAUGGCCGAAAAAUCCGCCAUUACACCGUCAAUUUUGGUCCCCAGCAUCCCGCCGCCCACGGUGUGCUUCGGUUGAUUCUAGAGCUCAAUGGAGAGGAGAUUGUUCGCGCUGAUCCACACGUCGGUCUUUUGCAUCGAGGUACGGAGAAGUUGAUUGAAUAUAAGACCUACAUGCAAGCUCUGCCUUAUUUCGAUCGAUUAGACUAUGUCUCUAUGAUGACGAACGAACAGUGUUUUUCGCUGGCGGUGGAAAAACUGCUGAACAUUGAGAUCCCUGAGAGAGCUAAGUGGAUCCGAACAAUGUUUGGUGAGAUUACCAGAAUUCUCAACCAUCUCAUGUCGGUCCUUUCUCACGCUAUGGACGUUGGUGCCCUGACGCCAUUCUUAUGGGGAUUUGAGGAGCGAGAGAAACUGAUGGAAUUCUAUGAGCGAGUAUCUGGUGCACGUCUCCACGCAGCCUAUGUUCGCCCGGGAGGAGUUCACCAGGAUAUCCCCCUUGGUCUCCUAGACGACAUCUACCAGUGGGCCACUCAGUUUGCCGACCGCAUUGAUGAGACCGAGGAACUUCUCACCGAUAACAGAAUCUGGAAGGCUAGAACUGUUGGUGUUGGUGUAGUAACUGCCGCUGAAGCUCUCAACUAUGGCUUCUCCGGUGUCAUGCUACGAGGCUCUGGAGUUCCAUGGGACAUUCGCAAGUCUCAACCCUAUGACGCCUAUGGGCAGGUUGAAUUCGACGUUCCAGUCGGCGUCAAUGGUGACUGCUAUGACAGAUACCUCUGCCGAAUGGAAGAGUUCCGUCAAUCCCUUCGCAUAAUCCACCAGUGCCUAAAUAAAAUGCCCGCCGGACCCGUGCGUGUCGAGGACUACAAGAUCAGCCCUCCCCCACGCAUAGCCAUGAAGGAAAACAUGGAGGCUCUGAUCCACCACUUCCUGCUUUUCACCAAGGGAUACACUGUACCACCAGGUGAAACCUACUCUGCCAUCGAGGCUCCAAAGGGUGAAAUGGCCGUUUUCCUGGUCAGUGAUGGCAGCGAAAGACCCUAUCGAUGCAAGAUCCGUGCCCCAGGUUUCGCGCAUUUAGGGUGCUUUGACCAGCUUUCCCGAGGCCAUCUUCUAGCUGAUGCUGUUGCUAUCAUCGGUACGCAUGUUUCUUCUAAACGUGACACUGAAAUACAGACUAACGUUUGCUUCUUUGCAGGUACUAUGGAUCUCGUAUUCGGUGAGGUCGAUAGGUGA